GGCUGUUCCUCCCCACAGAACAGAGGCCCCAUCACCCCAGCACACACAUUUGCAGAGAGCGGGAUCCUCAGGCCUCCACCAUGUGGGCCCCUGCCUCCGGCCCCUGCCCUUCUCCUCAUCUGCUGCUGGUUCUGCUGUUGGGACUCACAGGUGUGGCCGGUGAGGCGGGGCUGCAGGUGAUCCAGCCUGACAAGUCAGUGUCUGUUGCAGCCGGACAGACAGCCACUCUUCGCUGCACCGUGACCUCCCUGCUCCCCACAGGGCCGGUUCAGUGGUUCAGGGGGACAGAGCCAGGCCGGGAGUUAAUCUUCAGUUUCAAAGGAGGCCACUUCCCUCGAGUAACAAAUGUUUCAGACGUCACAAGGAGAAACAACAUGGACUUUUCCAUCCGCAUUAGUAACAUCACCCCAGCAGACACCGGAACCUACUACUGUGUGAAGUUCCAGAAGGGGACCCCUGAUGUGGAGUUUAAGUCUGGACCAGGCACCCAGGUCACUGUGAGCGCCAAACCCUCUCUCCCCGUGGUGUCUGGCCCCACGGCCAGGGCCUCGCCGGAGCAGACAGUGAACUUCACCUGCAAGUCCCACGGCUUCUCCCCCAGAAACAUCACCCUGAGAUGGUUCAGAAACGGGAAUGAGCUGGCAGCCUCCCAGACCAGCGUGGACCCAGAGGGAAACAGAACGUCCUACAGCGUCUCCAGCACAACCAGGCUGGUGCUGGCCCCGGGGGACGUUCGCUCCCAGGUCAUCUGCGAGGUGACCCACGUGACCCUGCAGGGGGGCCCUCCUCUUCGUGGGACUGCCAACCUGUCUGAGGUCCUCCGAGUUCCGCCCACCUUGGAGGUUUCCCAGCAGACCGUGUCAGGGGACCUGGUGAAGGUCACUUGCCAAGUGAAGAAGUUCUACCCCCAGCGCCUCCAGCUGACCUGGUUAGAGAAUGGCAAAGUGUCCCGAACAGAAAUGGCCUCAAGGGCCUCGAACCUCGUAGAGAACAAGGAUGGGACCUUUAACUGGACGAGCUGGCUCCUGGUGAACUCUUCUGCCCACAGGGAAGAUGCAGUGUUCACCUGCCUGGUGCAGCAUGAUGGGCAGCCCGCGGUCACCAGAAACCAUACCAUCGUGGCCUCUGCCCACCAGAAAGACCAGGAAACCCAUAAUAACCAGGAGUCAAGGCCAUUUACUCCAUUCCUGAUGGCUCUCACCCUGGGCCCGAAGCUGUUGCUGCUCAUCACUGUCUCUGCUAUCUAUGUCCACAGGAAGCAAGCACCCGAUUGUGUGGCCGGUGAGGCAGGGCUGCAGGUGAUCCAGCCUGACAAGUCAGUGUCUGUCGCAGCCGGACAGACAGCCACUCUGCGCUGCACCCUGACCUCCCUGCUCCCCACAGGGCCUGUUCAGUGGUUCAGGGGGACAGGGCCAGGCCGGGAGUUAAUCUUCAGUUACAAAGGAGGCCACUUCCCCCGAGUAACAAAUGCUUCAGACACCACAAGGAGAAACAACACGGACUUUUCCAUCCGCAUCAGUAACAUCACCCCAGCAGACACCGGAAUCUACUACUGUGUGAAGUUCCAGAAAGGGAACCCUGCUGAUGUGGAGUUUAAGUCUGGACCAGGCACCCAGGUCACUGUGAGCGAGUCAAGGCCAUCUACUCCAAUCCUGAUAGCUGUCACCCUGGGCCCGAAGCUGCUGCUGCUCAUCAUUGUCUCUGCCAUCUAUGUCCACAAGAAGCGAGGGCCUGAUUCAGGUGUCUCAAGAAUAAAAUAGCACCAAGAACAUAAGAGACACAUGAGGAACAUUUCUGGAAUGAUGAGCAAAUAAUCAACUGUGAACAUGGGUACCACAGCUCCUCCCUUCCUCCCCUACUAUAUGCAACCCUCAGUCUCUGCUCCUUCCGUCCUUGAGGGGCCAAGCCAAAGAAAAGGAACAAUGAGAAGCUUCCCCAACUCUGUCCCCAAAUACCUUGCUUGCUCCCAAGACCCACCUGUCCACAGUCCCUUUUUCUCCUUCUCACAAUUCUUGAUGUCCCCAGAGCUGGGACUACAUGCCAGGUCCUCAGCAGAGGCCAUGGGAACUUUCUCUGGGCACUGAUGCACAGAUAUCUGCCUGAAUGUGAGAAAAAAGUCACAUCUACACUUACCAGGUGUCUCUCAUUCAUCUUCUGGGGACUGUGGCCAUGAACUACAUGCUCAUGUCCAUGUUCUUGGGAGGUAUUUCUGCCAACCCCCAGACAUUCUAGCCUUGGUGAGGUUCUUCACAGGGUCUUAAAUAAAAUGAAUCUCAUCCUGAUAUGAAGAAGAGAAAUGAUUCUCCUUCCUCUUUGCCUACACGUCCUACUCCUUAGACCCAAGGACAAAACACCCUCCUCCCUGUGAUGGGAACACUAGCUCUUCUGUCACCUUCAUCCUUCCCAGCCCCAGUGCUCAUGUACGUGAGCUGGCAGUUCAGAAGCCUGGAGCCAUCCUUGGUUUUCUUACUUUAUAUCCCCUAUUCAAUUCUGCCUUCAGAAUGUUGCUUGCAGUGGCCAGAUAAUAAAUGUGAAGUAAUCUACUCAGAGAAAGAGAAAGAAGCCGGAUUUGUAGCGCUUGUGGACUUCCAUGGUGUCAACACUUCCAAUGUGACCAACGGCAAGCUAACAGUGUUUAAAAACUUGCUUAUAAAAUUCCUGAAAUGUUCUCAGAAGUGAGUGCAAGCCUCCUCCCAAAACCAGUGAGCCCCACCCAGAAUCUGUACACUGCUCACGCCAAGCCUGCUACCUGGUCCUGGUCAACAGUACUCCUUCCUGGACCAUUCUUUGUCUCUUACAGCUCUCCAGUUUCAGCUGCAGUGAUUCCAUGGCAAUGGAAGUCAAACUGUGUCUUUCCUCUGCUUCUUCCCCCUAAAGAUGUGCAUGACACUCUCUCCCUCUUUGAAGCUCUGUUUAAACAUCACCUUAUUAAAAAGUCCCUUCCAGAAACCACCCGGUAUAAAAUAUCAAGUCCUUUCUCCCACUCUGUGUUCCCACAGCUCAUAACCUAAUUAAACUGUUUCCCUAGAACUUCGGAUUAGCUGUCAUGAUAAGUGGAAGGAGUGCUCACUUUGCACAGUAGUGCAGGAAAAACACUGAUGGUGCAGCUGAAACCAUGCAAAGUGAUCUCAAAAAUCAGUGGGAGAAUAACAAUUUUUCUGUGACCUUUAAAAACGUUUUAAAACAGAAAGUUUCCAAAUGUCAAUGAUGAAUGUAUAGGAAACUGAAAAAAAAAUAGAACCAUUAUUUAUUGGUGUAUUGUCAUUUCAAAUAUUAGAAACACUGAAAGGUGAAGCAUUCUGGUUUUUUUGUAAAGAAUCUUCAUCAAUAGUUUACACAGUGCAAGCCUUCUUCCAAUUGCAUGGUUGACCAUAUAGGGCCAAGGUCUGAAUUACCUCACUUCAGUCUCAAUUGGGAUCAGCUUCCAACAUUCCAUCCCUUGUACUUUCAAUGUUGUGGAAUCCUUACAAUAUUAAUUUGAAUUCUUCUGGCGUCACAUCCUCUUGGACAUUUUCACCCUCCCUUCCACCACCUUCUUCAAUGACAUGGUAAUCUUGUCUCACUCUGCUCCUCUGGCUGCAUAUCCACACUCUGGGGACAAGCACCCCUGUCACCAUUCCCCUGGUGCCCUCAUGAGCCCCAAUCGCAAUCAAUUUCAACACUACCUGAAGCCCCAACUCUUCUCAUUUCUCCAGCAUACGUUCAGCUUUAUGCCAAUUCCAUUUGGCCACCAUUCACUUUUGUAUAAUGUCACCUUGGUCCCUCAUUGGGAGAACAGGAGACAACAUGACCACCUUCAUUGCUGCCUGUGGUAAAUUGAGUAACAGAGUCACAGAGAACCACCACUUCCGGCCUUGAAAGACAUGAUGCUUACUUAUCAUGAUGAG